AUGGCAUCAUCUCACAUCAUCCGCAUCCCGCGGACUGAUGAGGAAGGCACCUACGUACUCGGCGAGGUCACGCCGUCGGGAUCGAAGCCCCUCAAUGUCAAAUUUGUGGCUACGGAGGGCGAGGAACCGUAUGUGGUCAAGUUAAGACAUGACCGUAUUGGCGAACUGAGAGCUAGCAGCAGCCCCUGCUCGCCGGGGGGAUGGGAGAACAUCCUGAAGGCCCUGCUACUACAGGCUCAACCCAUCGAGGGGAUUGAGGCAGGCGCGGAAGCAAAUCCUGGCAAGUCAAUUACCAUCACCAUCAGGCGACGCGUCGCCGGCAUCAAUCAACGUCUUGGGAGUAUCACACUCAACCACAAGGCUGAUGAAGCUAUUCAGCUGUUUGACUGGUGUGGCGCCGCGAUUUUAGAACGAGAGAGAUUCCAGGAAAGCCUAGCCUCCGAAACGGCUAAAGUAUCGGAUCUAGAAACCCGGAUCACUGAAUUGAGAAACCAGCUGGACGAGCUCACGCAAUCUAAGAAGGCCAGGGAAACCGAGAUGUUAGAAAAGUUCUGUGCUCUCUUGAACGAGAAGAAAGUCAAGAUCCGCGAGCAGCAGCGGCUGCUCAGUACUGCUCACGUUGACCCCUCAAGGAUUGCUGCCGUUCAGGCUACCCAGGCUGCAAGAGCAAAGAUCCAGGAGAAUCGAAAGCCCGCUGCUUCUCGGCGUUCAAAACGCAAGGCCCUUGAGGACGCAUCCGGCGGGGGUUCCUCAUCCGAUUCGGAUGAUGGAUUUGAGAAGAUGGCUGUUGACAAGAUGGAUGUUGAUUCGAACGAAAAGCCCGUUAAAGAAUCCAAGGAAAGCAACGAAUCAGAGGACCGUGAAACUACGGACGACGAUGCGACCGGCAGUGAGCCAGACGAAGAUGAGGAACCAGCGCCGCUACCACGGAAAUCGCGGCAGCCAGCAAAGCCGGCGCAGAAACCGGAGCCGAAAGGUCACGCGACAAGGGCUAGCCAGGCUGCAAAGGACAGAGACGUCGCCAUACAUCCGCCGAAGAGGGGACCGAGGGCAACACAAAAGGCAACCAGUCCUUCGCCAGCUGACGGAAGUGAAACUGAGUCGGAUGACGAAUUAUGA